GUAGGCUAAUCACUGGGGUGUAAUUAUGAAAUGUGACUGAGACAUGAACUCGACCAUGCCUCGCAAGCUCCCCGCUAUAGGGGAAAGGGCUCCUGACGAAAGCGGAACUUGCAAAUCAGAGAAGAGCAAGUCCUUGAGUGCCUUGGAAAUCUGAGCCGCCAGAGCCAGAGACGCGUUGCUGCCUCUUGAAAAACAGGCAGGGCUAGAGAGAUAUUUACCAGCUCCUCGGGGAAAGGAGCUCUGGGUGUCCGCCGGCGUUGGGCGCAAGUUUGCUCCAAAUCCGUCCCGCGCAGGGACUGACUCGGAGGCUCUGCCCGUGGGUUGCUCCCGCCGCCGGGCCGGGGGACACCUGGUUCCCCUCCAGCUGGGAAGGAGCGUGGGCUUGGGGGCCAUGAUGGCCAGCUACCAGGACCCCGACGAGGACCCUGUCGCCCUCCUGGCUCAUGACAGCAACGCCGGCAAGGAGGGCGAGCGAGCCAAGGCCGAGCUGAGCCCGGAGAAGGCGGCCGAGAAGCCGGACCCCUCGCAGAAGCCCCCCUACUCCUAUGUGGCCCUGAUCGCCAUGGCCAUCCGAGAGAGCGCGGAGAAGCGGCUCACGCUGUCCGGCAUCUACCAGUACAUCAUCAGCAAGUUCCCCUUCUACGAGAAGAACAAGAAGGGCUGGCAGAACAGCAUCCGCCACAACCUCUCGCUCAACGAGUGCUUCAUCAAGGUGCCGCGCGAGGGCGGCGGCGAGCGCAAGGGCAACUACUGGACGCUGGACCCGGCCUGCGAGGACAUGUUCGAGAAGGGCAACUACCGGCGGCGGCGGCGCAUGAAGCGGCCCUUCCGGCCGCCCCCCGCCCACUUUCAGCCCGGCAAGAGCCUCUUCGGCAGCGAGGGCUACGGCUACCUCUCGCCGCCCAAGUACCUGCAGUCCGGCUUCGUCAACAACUCGUGGCCCCUGGCGCAGCCGCCCGCGCCCCUGCCCUACGCCUCCUGCCAGCUGGCCGGCGGCAACGUCAGCCCGGCCGGCGUGAAAGCGCUGCAGGCGCCCGGUUCCUACGGCCCCUAUUCUCGGGUGCAGGGCAUGGCCCUGCCCGGCAUGGUGAACUCCUACAACGGCAUGAGCCACCACCAUCACCCGCAGCAGCUCAGCCCCGCCAGCCCUGCGCCGCCCACCGCCCCAGCCCCCAACGGCGCCGGCCUGCAGUUCGCCUGCGCCCGCCAGCCCGCGGAGCUCUCCAUGAUGCACUGUUCCUAUUGGGAGCACGACAGCAAACACAGCGCCUUGCACUCCCGGAUAGACAUCUAGAGCCCCCGCCGCUCCUGCCCCGUCCCUCCUCCGGCCAGCGCGCUCCCUGGGCCGGGGGCGCAGCGGGACAGUGUAAGCCCUGCGCCGCGGGGGCUCGAAGGCAGCGUAAGUGUUGAACUUUCAAACCUAUAGCUGCGGCGAGAGACCUGUGUGCGUGUAAACUUGUCGAGCGAUGUCCGGUCUGUCUGAUUUGAUACGAGGGGGGGGAACUUUCUUCUGUUCGUUAAAAGAGCGUGCCAUGAAAAUGGACAGUUUUGUCCUCAGACCUAUGCUCCGCGGUGUCAUUUGGCACUAUUCUUUCUGGGCAUUGAGGAAAGUAAAUUGUGAACAAAAGAGAAAUAGAAAAGUCACCAAUUCAAUUUCUGCUAGUUGUAGAUUUGUUGCUGGAAAGGCCUAUCCGCUGUGUGUCACAGGACUUUUAUAGUCUGGAGAGAAUUGCACUUCUUCAAAGUUCCGCCUUUUGUCAAAAUAAUACUUCUUGGCGACUGGUUUUAAAGCAGGACACAUUUUAUAGCAACGAUGUUGAUAUUUGAAACAAACAAAAAAUAGCAAGAGUAACUUGUGAAAUAUUUCGGCAGUGAGAUAUCUAUAUAUAUGUAUAUUAAAAAUAGAAAUGUCCUGUGAGGUCUUAAGAGUAAUUUUAUACAAGUCUAAAAUAAUAUUUUGAAGUUAUAAGAAAAAAGGACGGUUUCCUAAAAUAAUUGGGAUUUUCCAUGCGCAUUAUUAUUAAAUAAAAGUUAAAUUUUAUCUUCAUAUUUUUGACCAAAAACCUCUUGGCCCCAGAUGGAAUCUUUAGUAGAUUCUGCGUUUAACUGCUCGGCCUCUUUCUUACAAAGUUUUGGUCCUUUACUUUAAAUAGAUUAAUGUGAAAAACAUAGAUGUUUAUAAAUAUUGGGGCCAGUUCAUAACGAUUUUAUAAAUGUUUAUGUAAGCUGAUAGAUAUUGUGGCAUAGUACCAUUUGGGACCAACUUUUCUAAAGUAAACUAGCACUUUUAUUGUAUUUUCUAGCAUUGUAAA